AAAAGAAGUAAGAACAAUAAGAACAAGAAGCAGCAUAUUCCAAUAAAUACGCUAUGACUCUCACAUCACAUUAGAACCAACACCAGCAUCAUUAAAUUAUAGCUUCAAACUCAAGUCUUGUAAGUUAAUGAAUCAGUAUCCGCAUAGGAUCCAACACAAGACAAUGAAAAUGAAAAUGGCUUCCACCAUAAUAGUUUUGGUGAUCAACAUUUUCACCAGCAUGAAGGUGGCAGUUGCAGUGCCACCGAUACCCACCACCUUAGACGGUCCGUUUGAGCCGGUGACUCGGCGGUUCGACUCGUCACUCAGAAAAGGCAGUGAUGACUUGCCGAUGACCAAUCCAAGGCUCAGAAAGAACGUGACCUCGAAUUUCCCGGAGCAGAUUGCGCUUGCAAUUUCUUCACCAACUUCCAUGUGGAUAUCCUGGGUCACUGGGGAUGCACAGAUUGGUCUUAAUGUGACGCCAGUUGAUCCUGCAUCUGUUAAAAGUGAGGUGUGGUAUGGUAAAGAGAGUGGCAAGUACACAAGUGUUGCGAAAGGUGAUUCACUUGUUUAUAACCAAUUCUACCCCUUUGAAGGCCUUUGGAACUACACCUCUGGCAUUAUUCACCAUGUCAAACUCAAAGGCCUUGAACCAGGAAUCAGAUACUAUUACAAAUGUGGGGAUAGCUCUAUUCCAGCUAUGAGUCAAGAGCAUGUUUUUGAGACUUUUCCGAGGCCUAGUCCAAACAAUUAUCCCAGCCGAAUUGCAGUUAUUGGAGAUUUGGGCCUCACAAGCAAUUCUAGCACAACUAUUGAUCACUUAACUUACAAUGAUCCUUCCAUGAUCGUAAUGGUUGGAGACUUAACAUAUGCAAAUCAGUACUUGACAACUGGUGGAAAAGGAGCUUCUUGUUAUUCUUGCGCAUUUCCGGAUGCACCUAUCAGAGAGACGUAUCAGCCGCGGUGGGAUGCAUGGGGAAGGUUUAUGGAGCCUUUGACAUCAAAAAUUCCAAUGAUGGUUAUUGAAGGGAAUCAUGAGAUUGAACCACAAGUCGAUGGCAUCACAUUCAAGUCAUAUUUGACAAGAUUCGCAGUCCCUGCUGAAGAAAGUGGAUCCAAAAGCAACUUGUAUUAUUCUUUUGAUGCUGGGGGCAUACACUUCAUUAUGCUGGGAGCAUAUGCUGAUUAUAAUAGUACCGGUGCACAGUUUGCAUGGCUGAAGCAAGAUCUGCAAAGUCUCGACCGGAGUGUAACCCCUUGGCUUGUAGCUGCCUGGCAUCCACCUUGGUAUAAUAGCUAUGCCUCACACUAUCAGGAAUUCGAGUGUAUGAGAUUUGAAAUGGAAGCACUUCUCUAUCAAUAUGGUGUUGACAUUGUUUUCUAUGGUCAUGUUCAUGCUUAUGAGAGGAUGAAUAGAGUUUACAAUUACACAUUGGAUAAAUGUGGACCUGUUUACAUAAUUGUUGGAGAUGGUGGAAAUAUUGAGAAAGUAGAUGUUGAUCAUGCUGAUGACUCAGGAAAGUGUCCUUCACCUGGAGACAAUAUACCAGAAAUCGGACCAGUUUGCCACUCGAAUUUUUCCUCUGGUCCUGCCAAAGGGAACUUUUGUUGGAGCAAACAACCUGAAUGGAGCGCAUUUAGAGAAAGCAGUUUUGGACAUGGGAUUCUUGAGGUGGUGAAUUCUACAUAUGCAUUAUGGACUUGGCACCGAAAUCAAGAUAGUUACAAAGAAGAUGCAGUUGGUGACCAGAUUUACAUUGUUCGACAGCCUGAAUUAUGCUUGAAAGAUUCAAAAUCACAAUUGCCUACACAUCAAACAUCCUCUUUCUCGGCUGCUCCCAGCCGCCUCUCUCUGGAUUAUUUCUCUAUUAUAUCACAAAUCCUUGGAGUUUUCUUUAUAUUUGGUCUAUAUUCUCAGCUGGCUUGGAACUAAGAUUUGGACAAUCCCUCUUAUAAUUCUUGUUAGAUAGCGGAAGAAAAGAAUCAUGUAUAGAAUCAAUCAGAUUAAAUAGUUAAGGAUUUUGAACAUGGUUUUCAACCUAUAUGUAAUUUCACUAAUUUGUCACAUAGAUUGCUCUUUUUUCCUUUUCUCUUGUGGUGUAACAUCAAGGUUAUAGAUUCAUAUUAACACAAGAUCCAAUUUGAUAAAAAUAAUAAAAUUUAAU